CUAAGUCUGCUCGACGCAACGCGGGAGGGUGGUGACCUAGUCUAGUCACGCGGCGCCAACACCGUUUCCUCCCGUGUUUUCAGGGGGAUAAAGUGGCGUAGGAGGGAGGGGCUAAAAAAGAAGUUCCGCCAGAUCCGCGAAAUCUCCGAGAUAACGAACGAUCGGUGAUCGGUCGGCAAGAACGCGUCGUCGCGAGAAGAUUCGCCGUGUUCGAUCUAACACGUAACCGGGGGAUGCACGUUUUGCAUCGUUUCGAGGGUUGGUCGUUCGUAGAUUGUUUCGGAUGCGAAUUACCCGUCCAGCGCGAAGGAACGAGUAAAGAAGCGCCGCGUCGAUCGCAGGCCUUGUAAGGCCGAAACAAACGAGGCCGCGGAGCAAAGGAGACGAGACUUUGGCGUCGAGAUCGGGCGAGUUGUGCAACCCGAAUGGAAGCCAGUUGUCGUCGCUGAUUCCUCGGAUAAUCGGAUGAUCGGGUAACCGGACGAUCGGAUAAGCGGAUAACCGUCGCCGCAAGCGGAAUAAUCGAACGGAUUCGAGUGUGUCAUCGGCGAAAGCGGCGGCGUUGGAUCGGGAUGACUUGUGCGAUGACCUCCAUGACCAGGAUCGAUUUCUCCUAUUCUUUCUGCGCGUGGAUCAGAGAUUAACGACAUGCAUACAGAUACCAAUCAGAAUCCGGAUAAUAAUAGCAACGAGAACAACGAUAUUAAUAACAAUAAUGGAAAGACGCGCGCGUAUGUCCUAGGACGACCUAGGGUACAGUAUGGCUGCUUCGGUAUUCUGGCAUACUCCUUGGAUCAGCUUCAUCUCGCCCGUCGUCGUUCUGCUGUUGCUGCUUUGUCCUCGCAGCAGCACAGAGUGCGAUCAGAAGUUCAUAAGCACACCGGAUGGUCCGCCGAAUGGAACUUUUCACGCCCCGCUCUUGAUCAAUCCGGAGGGUGAGUCUCGGCAAUGCGUCUACACGUUUUUCGCCGGACCUCGGCAACGGGUCCAACUGAUAUUUUCUUCGUUUGGACUUCGAGGAACACCGCCCGGAGGAGCUGCUAUCGGAGAAUUACCCGCAUGCGUACACGAGUACAUGGAUUUCUACACGGAAAUACGCACGGAGAACAUGACCAAACUGAUCGAAACACCGUUCGGAGGACGUUUCUGCGGCCCGAUUCCGCCUCGAAGACGGAUCUCCCUCUAUCAGGGAAUCGCCUUCAGUUUCUACACCGACAUAAAUAUCACGUUGCCAAGCCUGUUCGGCGGUGUCUACACGUUUAUCAAUGCCUCCGAUUACGAGGUCGGAACGCCAGCCCCGAGCAGACCGUGUUCCUUUACCGUGAAUUCGGAGAACAAGCGGAGCGGUAGCAUAUUGUCUCCGACGUAUCCUGGGACCUAUCCGAAAGACCUUGUGUGCAGUUACCAGUUUAUAGGGAAACGGAGUCAACGAGUCCGCCUCGAGUUUCGGGACUUUGACUUGUUCUUCGGAGGCCCGCACUGCCCCUUGGACUACGUUAAAGUGUACGAUGGCUUGAAUAGCACGGCCGGCGUUAUCGGGACGUAUUGCGGCCAGCAGAGAAACUUGGUCUUGUAUUCGUCCGAGUCCAGUUUGUUCGUAUCGUUCGUUACGCUUAAACGUACCGCGAACACGCAAAAUCGAGGCUUCAAGGGAAUCUUCGAGUUCUCCGAAAGCUUCGUCAAACUAGACUUCAUAACCGCUUACAAGGGUGAGCACAUCAGAGGAUCGGAAUGCGAUCAAAAGAUUUUGAGCAAGAAGGAGUCCUCCGGGCACGUGGUUAGCCCGAACUUCCCAUAUCCUUACAUACCGAAAGUCGUGUGCCGGUAUUUCAUUUAUGGAAUGCAAGACGCCCAGCAUCUGGAGCGCGUCCGGCUAGAAUUCAGCACGUUCAAGAUACCGAAGAACAAGACGACGGGAGAUUCGUCGUGCACCGAUGGAUAUCUCAAGUUGUACUUGAAAGGUCAGGAGGCUACGGAUUCUUACGACAAAUUCGAUUACGAAUUAUGCGGCAUCGAAAGCAGUCCGACCCAAGUGGUUAGCGACGGUCCGCGGCUGGUUAUGGUCUUUAGCAGCGGCGAGUCGCAGGGUCAAGGCUUCAAAGCAAGGUACAGUUUCGAGACGGAGUACAAAAUACCGGGUACAGCGGCACCCGAUGGUAGCUGUACGUUCACCUAUCGCAGCUCGUCCCGAAAAAAGGGUGACUUCAAUUCGCCUCGACAUCCCAGCAACUAUCCGAGCGACACAAAUUGCACGUACUUUUUCCUGGCAACGCCAAACGAGCAGGUCACUUUGAUAUUCGACUACUUCAAGGUGCGGACGAAAAACACGAAUGUGACGGACGGGCAUUACGGAAUCGACGCUUGUCAAGAGGACUGGCUGGAGAUAUACAACAUGUAUCGGGACAAUACGGAGAAGUUGAUCGGCAGAUAUUGUGGCAGCACUGCCCCGGGACCCGUCGAAUCGAAUCUCGGAGCUCUCGGUUUAAAGGUUAUCCUGCAUUCGGAUUCGGAACUGGUUUACAGCGGGUUCAAAGCUCGCUACACGUUCGAGGUGGCUAAACCGAUAUUUGGAGAUUGCGGAUCCAACAUAAGCAGCUUAAAUUACGGCAUCAUCGCCAGUCCAAACUUUCCGAACAAGUACGACGGUCCGGCGAGAAAUCACGCUAGCAAAACUUGCAAUUGGUUCAUAAGAGUUGGUCAAAAUCAGCGGGUGCUGUUGUACUUUGAAAUGUUCUCCGUGGAAGGUGAUCAAAAAGUUCGAGGCUGUUCCGCCGCGGUUCUACGCGUAUGGUACUCUGUGGCCACGACACCCAUCGAGCUUUGCGGCCUCAAGGCGCCAAACGUCAACUGGACCUACCUAUCCGAGGAUAACAACAUGCGUCUUAGCUUCAUAUUGGCCGAUAAAGCUGUUGGACAGCUGGGAUUUAAGGCAACGUGGACCGAAGUAAGCAUGGAUCCCGACUGUCACAACCAAUUCUUGUGCAGUAAAAGUAAAUACUGUAUCGCGGAAUCGCUACGAUGCAAUGACAUAUACAAUUGUGGCCCGGCCGACACCUCGGACGAAGAAAACUGUGACACAGAAGUUGCAUGGACGGAUAGUUACGGCGUUGUCGCGGGAUACGCUGCAGGCGUGGUACUGGUUGCACUGAUCGUAUGUCUCUUUUAUCAUCGAAAACUAAGGAGACGAGUUCAGACGGUUCACCUAGACGACCUGCAUCAACGCGUAGACACCAUCCACGGAUCGUACCAUCGGGAGAGUCUCCUUUAUCGUCAUCACCAUCACCAGCAUCAUCAUCUGCAUCGGCAUCUUCACCAUCACCAGCCUUCUCGUCACAACAAUAACCAUAGCCACAAUCACAACCACAGCCAUAACCAUAGCGAUAGUUCUAGCCACAACCACAGCCAUAGUCAUAGCCAUAGCCGUAGCCGUAGCCAUAGCCAUAGCCAUAGCCAUAGCCAUAGCCAUAGCCAUAGCCAUAAUCAUAACCAUCGUCAUCCGGAUUGUGAGCAACAUCUUGACGACCGUCGUCAUGGUCCUUGUCAUCGUCACCGGUAUCAAGACCCGCAGGAUCGGAACAACGAUUUUCAAGAUUCAAGUUGUCAAUUGAACGCAUCGACGAGUCCGACGAGUGGUUGCGAUUGCUGUUGCUGUUGCGUGUCCGAAAUCGACGGCGAAACUGGAGGCUGCAAGGUUGAAACCGCGUCCGGUUCCGGAACCGGAUCCAAUUCCGAUUUCGAGUCCACGUCCGCGUCCGAAGCGGAAUCGAAAUCUGAAUCCGAGCAAACGUGUGCCGAGGAGACGUGCAACCAAAACGGCGGUGUAUGACACAAACGGAAACGUCGGGAAACGUGUAUUCCAGCGAGCAUCGUGUGCUGGGCAAAUACGCGUCGGUCGUGGCGAUCUCCGAGCGUUACGGAGCGCGACAACGUUUACAGACGUCUCUGCGAAAGAAUCAGCGACCCCUUCAAAAUGAUCACGUCACGUUCUAGAUACGCGCCCAGACAAGAUACAAUUAAUGCCAACGUCCUCGAUCGAUACAACAGACCUGAUAAAGACCGCAAAAUCGAUUUAGUCGCGGAUAACUCGCGACCGCAACGUUCCUCGAAAAGAAUGCUAAAUAUAUUUUUACGUCGUACCGAGUUCAUUCGAUUCGCUGUUGCGCGAACAAUAUUUGCUCACGUGAUUUCUUGGCGCUUCGAUUCGAUUCGACUCGAUCCGAUCCGAUUCUGUUUGGUUUGAUUCGGUCCAGCCGUUGUUCGUUUUCGCGCGUUCUCGCGAUACGUAUCGGCGACAAUCACAAUUAAAUAGCUUGGGAUACACGAUCUCGGUCAAGCACGUGUACGAAAUAUUAGCUUAACUUUUGAAAAGAAAAGCGGAGUACGAUGUAAUCGUAUUUUAUUCGAUGGCGUUAUA